AUGGGAGGAGAAGAGCCCCUCUCUGGCGGCGGCACCUUUGCCUCGAUGACACCAACAGAACGCCUCACGCUCCUUCGCGCUCUAAUCCUCUGGGCGAUGGCAUCCUCCGAAAGCCUCCGGACCAUUCUUGCCAAGGCAUACAAGCAGAACCGACAUGAGGAUGAUCUCAACCAACCCAUGUCUGUGCAGCCGUGGGGCGCCGAUAGCGAUAAGCGCCGGUACUAUCUUAUCGAGGGUCGUGACCACACUUCGUUUCGUGUAUACAGGGAGAGCAACCCGGCUGGGUUCAAGAGGACGUGGUGGAGCGUCGCUGACGACAUUGACAAUCUCACGGCCCUUGCCAACAAACUCGAGAAUGACGAUGGCGGCCCCAAGGCUAAGAGGCUAAGCCAGGGUAUCCACCAAGCUAUCCCCCGGCUUAUGGAAAGUGAAGAGAAACGUCGCCGUCGUGAAUACCGACAACGAACGAAGGAGCGCUUUAGGCGCCCUGAAGUGGGCUUUUCCCUGUACGAAGGCCGAACUCGCGGGAAGCGCAUCAAGUAUACAUUCUCGGAUGAAGAGGACGAUAUCUACAGCGACCAGAAUGUCCGGCGGUCUUCGCGCAACACUGCCACCGCUGCGCCUGUCGCGGAGAGUGUUUCAGUUACAACCCAGAGCGGCCGCCAGGUGCGGCCAACACGCCUCAACCCCAAUGUUGGCAGUGCGGGAGGUAGCGUCCAAGGCGAUACCUCUGAUGGCGACUUGGUCGGUGCGAACGGCCGGCCUCGCCGUGGUGCAGCGGCCAACGGAUGGGCGAAUACGCGGGAUGAUGAACACGUGCCUGAAGAAUCUAACGACGAGGAGGAUGAGUUCAAUGAUGAAGAGCUCCUGGAGGAGGACCUCGACGUGGAUGCGUCCAAGAGCCUGGUCGUCAAGCUUUCUGUGGGCAAGUCUAAACUGAUGGGGUCACGCGUUGUUAUGAGCGAUGCUCCGGGUGCCCCCGUGGCCGAGGACACAGCCAAGACCGAGAGGCUCCUAACCCCAGAGCCCACAGUCAAGGGUGACUCGGAGCCAGCUGGGUCUGUCCCAAACUCGUCUGGGCUCGUAUCCACGCCGUUGGCUCUUCGGGGAGCCCCGAGAAGGCUCAGGCCGGCCCGUGACUUGUGUGAACAGUCGAGUUGGAACGAUGACGACGGCUAA